AUGGCGUUCAUACUUCAGUAUCGCGCCCUACGACGACAUGUGAACCAGCUAGUCCAAGACGCAGGUCGCGUAAAGGAAGAGACCUCUUUGGACUCAUCAUCACCGAGUAAGAUCUCCAAUCCGUCCGAAAUCCCUGGUGUGACAUUGAAGUCGGAUUGUAACGGUGAGCAGUACUUUGAGGUAGGUUGGGCCGUACCAGAUGAUCCGUUCAAUCCUCAACAGUGGUCCAAUCCUCGACGAGUAUCUGCAACUAUGACGGUUUGCCUUGUGGCAUUGGUUACCACAAUGGCAUCUGCCAUUGAUUCUGCCGUCAUUACAGAGGCCUCCAAAGAAUUUGGUGUGUCGGAAGUGGCCGAGUCCCUUGCGACAGGGCUUUAUCUAGUCGGUUUCGGCGCCGGUGCCCUCAUUGCCAGCCCUCUCUCCGAAAUGGUUGGGCGAUACCCGGUCUACUUGGGCACGUUGAUUAUAUUUGGAGCUUGGAUCCUAGGAGCAGCCUUAGCCCCGAACUUUGGCGCACAGAUCGCGUUUCGAUUCCUCGCCGGUAUCACAGGCUCUGCACCUUUGACUGUAGCCGGAGGCUCGAUCUCUGACAUCUGGAGUACCUUGGAAAAAACCUUUGGGUUUCCUACUUUUGCCAUCCCAGCUUUCGGUGGUCCUAUCCUCGGGCCGGUUGUUGGGGCUUACAUAGGAUACAGUCCUCAUAUCAGUUGGAGAUGGUCUGAAUGGAUCAUGCUCAUCUUUGACGGUCUGGUCAUAGCGGUGAUCUUUAUCUUCAAACGCGAAACAUUCGCUCCUCGGCUUCUUUAUUACAAGGCUAGGUUCCUCCGGCAGGCCACAGGAGACGACCGAUUCAAAACCGCCAUUGAAGCUUCGGGCACUGGUGACAUUCUGUCCGUCGUCAAGCGAGACUUUAGCCGGCCGUGGAUUCUCUUGUUGGAGCCGAUUGUGAUCUUCUUCACCUUCUAUCUCUCGGUGGUGUACAUCGUGCUGUUCACCUUCUUGGACGGGUAUCCGUACAUUUUCGGAGAAGUGCACGGCCUCAACGACGGUCUUGUCAAUAUCUGCUUCCUAGGACUUUUUAUCGGUAUCGUUUUGACAAUGAUCCUAGUCCCUAUCCUCUACCGGCGAACAGCCAAGCAGCUUAAAGAGGAUGGAGACGAUGGCUCGGGGCGUGUGCUCGAUCGGGAAUCACGCCUAUUCUUUGCGCAAAUCGGCGCCCCCGCGAUUCCAAUCGGUCUGUUCUGGAUGGGAUGGACCAACUACUCAUGGAUCUCGGUGUGGUCGCCCCUGGCAGCCUCAGUGGUGAUCGGCUUCGGCAUCAUCUGCGUCUUCCUGUCUGCAUACAUGUAUAUCAUCGACUCUUACCAGCAGUACGCUGCGUCUGCUCUCACUUUUGUUGCACUUGUGAGAUACCUGGCCGCCGGAGGCAUGACGGUCGUGGGAAUCCCGAUGUACCGGAAUUUAGGAACGCACUGGACAUUGACGGUGCUUGGGAUCAUCAGUGCAGUGGCGACGCCUAUUCCCUACAUCCUGAAGCACUGGGGGCCAUCCUUACGCAAGAAGAGCAAGUGGGCGACUGCCUUGUCGGCUUGA